AUGACCUCUGGCAGCUCAGCCGGUACAUCAUGUCGGCCGCCAUUGAAGCAGGACUCCACCGUCACAACAAAGACUGGGGCUUCACACCUGAAGAACUGGAGAUCCGGAAUAGGACGUGGUGGUGUGCAUACAACCUGGAGCGCCACAUUCGAUGCCCUUACACCCCUUGAGAGUUCCAUGGCCCCUGUUCUCCACAAACAUAAUAUUGAAGUUAUUCGUCACUUGAUUACGUUGCGGAGGAUCGGUGGUCGCAUCCUUGAGUCGAUCUACAUAGCGAGAGGGCCGAACGGCACGGCUAUGGAUACUACAUUCCAGCAGAUUUGUGCGACGUCCGAUCAAAUCCGGCGAGACCUUGAACUCUGGGAGCAGCAAUUGGAGGCAAUGGGACUGAAGCCAUCUCGGGAGUACUCCGAGAUGAAGAUUGAGUACUGUCUCUUGCAGCUCCUGUUACACAGGCCAUCGCCGACUUUCAUGGUGCCAUCACGCCAAAUGGCGUCUUACUGCUCAAAGGCUGCAUCGACUGCAAUCAGUCACUGGUCCAAAAUCGAGGGCGAAUAUGGCAUUUCUGCUAUUUGUCGAUGUUUUAGACAAUUACAUGAUAUUAUCCUUGUCGGACUAGCGGCACUGUACUGCGACUGGUAG